AUGUCAUUACUCAUUGCAUGUGGUGUGCAGCUCUCAAGGUCACUUGGGGAAGUCCUCCGCAAUAAGGUUGCUGCUAGCGCGUCUUCGGCGUUCGGCAGCCAAAUCUUCAAUCGUGCUCCGACUUGUGCCCUUCUGAUAUCGCCCUCACCCUCACUUCGACGCCUCACAGUCGCUCGAGGGACUGUACAGAUCGAUACUACACCCGACGAAUGGAAGACCAUAGCAAAUGCGACAACCACCCCACCCCACCAAGUGAAGCCUGAAUUGGCCUCCAAUACCACCACUCGCCUUCGACCGGCCGCCAACUACUCUAUGCGCCACCCAUAG